GAGAAGACAGGAGAGUUAUUGAUGUCACUUUGCUACCACCCGGUCUCUAGCAAACUGGUCGUUACUGUUUUAAAGGGAAAGAAUCUCAAAGGCAAAGACUUUUUUAACUUCUCAGGGACCAAAACAUCAGAUCCGUACGUGAAGAUAUGGCUGGUGCAGAACGGCAAGAAGUUGGAGAAGAAAAAGACGCUGGUGAAGCGCGUGACGCUGCACCCGGUGUUCAACGAGUCGUUCUUGUUCAUCGUGUCAGCUGAUAAGAUAAGAGACACGGCACUUCUCGUGAGCGCCAUGGACCACGAUAGAGUCGGCAGGAAUGAAGUCAUAG